UUACUGGGAUGUCAGUGUAAACUUCAGAACUAAGGGAGAUAGAGUCAGGGUAAUGUUCAGUCACAUGAUCAGUCACGUGAAACGUUUAUUGUCUUUGUCAGCAUGACUUAUAUCAUGACAAACAUGAUUACAAUUGAUUUAGCCGAAUAAGUACUCGACCAAGUGUAUAUAAAAGACCAUGAAGGAUGGAUUGAUUUAAACUCUAGAUUACUCUAUUCAAUCAAUUAACAUUUCAAAAUGACUUCUUCCAGUACAUCACAACAUUCCUCAUUCCAUUAUGGCAUUGUGUCCUAUGACUUCCACACUUAUUUUAAGCUAAAUGAUCCAGUACAAGUAGAAUUUGCUAAAUCUUUUAAACAAACAAUUGAGAAUGAAUUUCAUAAUGAACUACAAUCACCAAAUCUAAUGAGAGUAUUCAAGACCCAUGAAAAACAAUUAGGACCUCAUCCAAUUGGUUAUGGAAUGUUUGAAUCUGAUACAAGAUCACCUGAAACAUUUCUCAAAAUAUUAAACUACUAUCAAUUAAAUCAUGGGGAAUUGAGUGUAUUAAUACAUCCAAGAUCAAAUCAAGGGGAUUUAAUAGACCAUACUAAAAAUGCUCUUUGGUUAGGUGAAAAAUUACCUUUGCUUGUUGAAUUUUUAAAAUCAUCAGUAUCAUGA